CCCCCCCUCGCCUGUCACAAUGACACCCUGCUGCCCGCUGCUGCCUCUACCGCCAAUGGGCUGAUGAUCAGACUGCGCCUGUAGGGUUUCGGUUUGGGGAAGAUAACAUGCUUGAAGAAUUCCACCUGUUGUCUGCCGCAUCCCCGAUAUACUCAGAUUAUGCUGGGAGUUCGAGUUUAUACCUGGAGAUGGGACACAAGUUUAAUAUCCCCAAAUGAAUGAAUUAAUAUUAAAACUAUGAAAAGGUUCAUAUUAUCAGGAGGACACUAUCUGUAAUGCAUCUUGUACAAAACAUUUUGGAAAGGUCAAACAGGAAAAACAUGGCACUUGCGGACCACACAGGCUGCAUUCAACAAGGAGAGGAGCUGCCCCCAUUCCCUGACAUCAUAGAACUAAAUGUUGGAGGGCAGGUUUACAUCACUCGCUAUCCCACAUUGGUGAGUGUGCCCGGCUCCCUCCUCAGCGAGAUGUUUUCUCAAAAAAAUUCUCGUCCUCUAGCCAGGGACAGCAAAGGCCGUUACUUUUUAGACCGAGAUGGGUUUCUCUUCCGAUAUGUCCUGGAUUACAUGAGGGACCAGCAGCUGGUGCUUCCCGACCACUUUCCAGAAAGGCUGAGGCUGCAAAGAGAAGCGGAAUUCUUCAGACUUCCAGAACUGGUUAAGAUUUUGGCACCCAAAGUCAGCAAGCAGAAUUCCAUUGGUGAUGAUGCUUUUCAAAGUGACUCAGAGGAGCAGUCGCCCAAUGUAGAGGUUGCACGAAAUUUGGCUUCGGUCAGUGCAGCUCUUGUGGCGGCUGCUGGCAACCAAUCCGCCAUGUCCGACCUGCGCCGUUCUGGCUUCAUCACCAUUGGAUACAGAGGUUCAUACACUCUGGGACGAGAUAGCCAAACAGAUGCCAAAUUCAGAAGGGUGGCACGGAUUAUGGUUUGUGGCAAAACGUCCUUGGCCAAAGAGGUAUUUGGGGACACUUUGAAUGACAGCCGGGAUCCCGACCGGCCACCCGAAAGAUAUACUUCCAGGUACUACCUGAAAUUCACCUUCCUAGAACAGGCUUUUGAUAGGUUGGCAGAUGCUGGAUUUCACAUGGUUGCUUGUAACUCCACUGGAACCUGUGCUUUUGCUCAUGACCAAACGGACGACAAGAUCUGGACAUCUUACACCGAAUAUGUUUUCUACCGUGCAGCAGGAUGUGGGCCUGAUAUCGAAGCAAUGCCUGAGUUGCUGCAAUCAUCUACUGUCAUACCAGAUAUAGAAAUCACAGAUGGCAUGAAGGAAAUGGACCUCAAACCAGAGUUAUUUACAGAAGAAGCACACAAUUCAGACAGUGGGAAUGAUCUUUCCAGCUCCAGCUUGGACAGUCAAUGUUCAGCAACAAUUUCCACAGACAUUCCAACUAUAGAUAUUCUUCCUACAGAAGUCUCCAACCUCACAGUAAAAGAAGAAUGCCCUCCUAUUGUAAAUACACUAGAUUUGAAUCAGUCCCCAAUGGACUAUGCAGAAGCUGAAGUAACAGCAUCAGACAAGGACAGCGUACAAAAAGAAGUGAAGGAAAAUGGCACCGAGGACUCCCCAGAGACCCCACAAGAUGAAAGGCAACCCAACGAAGAGAGGAAAACUUUGGAGGUAGAGCUGACUAAAUGCAUUGAAGAAUUUCGGAAAAUCAAAAUCCCAGUGGUGUUCCCUAACAAGAAAAGAAAUUGGCAAAAUGAGCUCAUCAGGAAAUACCAACUUUGAGUAGAACUGGUUGAACAUGCACUAGUCAGUGGAAAGGGACUUUUUGAAUGUUAGGAAUCUAGGACCCCCCCCAGACUUACAGCUAGUCUUUACCCCACAGUCUUUAGUUGUGCUUUAAGAACCAAAGCAUGUUCCAAAGCAUUCCUUUCUAACACCGUGUCUAUGGAUCCUGAAGAAGAACAUGUCUCACUGAAUAUUAACAGUCUAUAAUUUCUAUUAACUAUGGAUAUUGGGAUUACCAUCAAGGUGUUAGUUUGAGAAACCUUUGUAACUGUUCUCCAGAUAAGAUGACCUCUAGAUGACCAUAAUAAAUUCCAAAACAUUAUUCCAAGCCAUACGCUGAACAUUUUGUAAGCAGCCUAUAAUAAUUUAUCUGUGGUGAAAAGUAGCCAGUACCUUUACAAGUAAUAAAAAUGUAUUCAAAUAUA